AUGAAUGUUCUUAACAAAGACGAACACGCUGCAUCAAUGCGUGCCCUAAAACGAGGAACAACAAAUAACGUAGAUAUGCUGUUUCCAAGUGGGACAGAUGUACGUGUAGAUACUGCAAAAUUGAUUCAUGCAGAAGUAAAGGCUGCAGCUAAUUAUGGCUAUACUGCAUUAAUGAGAGCAAUUUUGAAUAAUGCAACUGGAUUUGUGGAAAUGUUGAUUGCCAGUGGGGCAUAUGUAAAUAAUACAGAUGAUUGCGGGACGACUGCAUUAAUGUAUGCCGUUAAAGUUAACAGUGUUGAGUAUGUAGGGAAAGUGAUUGCCGCCGGAGCAAACUUAAAUGCUUCAGACACAGCUGGGAAGACUGCUUUGAUGUUUGCAGUUGAUCUUGAUUCAAAUGAAUGCGUGGAAAUACUAAUUGCCAGCGGGGCAGACGUAAAUGCUGCAGACAAACAUGAAGGAACUGCAUUAAAGUAUGCAAUUGCCAGGAAUUUCGCUAAAUGUGUUGAAUCGUUGAUUGCAGGUGGGGUGGAUGUUAAUACUGCUGACAAAAAUGGGGAAACUGCGUUGAUGUUUGCAACAGAAAAUUAUUCAAUUGAGUGUGUAGAAAUGUUAAUUGCCAGUGGGGCAGAUGUAAAUACAGCCGACAAACAGGGAUGGACUGCAUUGAUGUUUGCAAUUUGGAUGGAAUUUACUGAGUGUGUUGAAAUGCUGAUUGCAAGUGGAGCAUAUUUAAAUACAACAAUCGUAAAUGGAAAGACUGCUUUAAUGUUUGUAAUUGAGCUUGGUUCAAUUGACAUGAUUGACUAUGUGGAAAUGUUGAUCGCUAAUGGGGCAGAUGUAAAUACAGCAGACAAACAUGGAUGGACUGCAUUGAUGUAUGCAAUUUGGAUGGAGUUUACUGAGUGUGUUGAAAUACUGAUUGCCAAUGGGGCGGAUGUAAACACAGCAGCCGAAAGUGGUAAAACUGCGAUAAUGUUUGCAAAUGAGUUUGGUUCAAGUGAUUGUGUGGAAAUUCUGAUUGCCUUUGGGGCAGAUGUAAACGGAUGUGACAAACAUGGUUCAGUCUAAACAACAAGGAGGUGAAUACGAUUUUCGUGGGCGGGGCAAUACGAUUUUUUUCAAUAUCAAAAAUAUUCCCGGGUGUUAUUAACCGGGAAGUAGUAGUACUAUGGGAUAAAGUAAAAAGGACAAUGAUAACAUGUAUGAUGUGGCCCCUGGAGAAAACAAUUGACACGUAGGGAGACAG